AUGGCUUUCAAGAGUGGGUCGUUCGCGACCUUCCUCAUCGUUGGCCCGGUAUGCUUCUUCCUGGGAAUUGUCUUCUCUCUGUUCCCUUAUGAUUACCCAUUGCUAUGGGCCGGUGAACCUACUCCUCCGUCGCACUACGACUAUCUUGAAGCGCACCUCCGCUUUCUCCAUGCAUCUCCACCACUGAUUCCGCGCAUUCUGCAUAUCGUCAUCUUCGUCGGACUUGCUGGAAUGCUUGCCAAAUUGUACAAGCCCUCCGAGUCCAACAUGCUUUUCGAUGGAGCUAGCUUGGUUUUAUACGUUUGCGGUGUCACCGUCUACAUUGCCAACAUUGUCAAGGGUCUCCGACUCGUCAGCGGCGGUAUCUAUGGUGCUGAAUUGGCCGGAAACGAAGAGGAUGCUGAGCAGGUACUUGGUCGUGAGGACAGCCUCAAAGUAUUGGCUGCCAGCAAUACUAUCCUUGCGCUCAUCUUGGUUGGUGUUUUGAUUCUCCAAGCUGGUCAGUGGUAUGCGGAGAAGAAGGACCAGCAAGAGUUUGAAAAGCUCAACGAAAAGAGCUCAGAGAGUUCUUCCAAGAAGGAACGUCCUGAAUCUCCUGUCGCCACCCGAGGAACAAGCCGUCAAGGUAGCAAAAAGAGACAGUAA